CCGCAAUCCUGUGGUUCCCUCCCUCCCAGUCCCACAGCGACGAGAGCUAUUUAAACUGUUAACAAUUCCCUCCUCUCCUACCAACUCAUCAUCUUCCCCUUCCUCACUUCCUUUCUCUAUAAAAUGCUGCUCAAUGCAACAAACGCCAUUAAACCAAAUAUUGCCAAAAGACAGAAAGACAUGGCUGGAUUCAGCCUGAAAGCCGUUUUGUCAAUCCUGCUACUCAUUCUUCUCAUGCUCUGCCAUAGCUUUGAAGUCUGCGAAGCAAGAAGAGGCAAGCAUUGGAGGCAGAAGAGGCUUCCAGCUUCUUCUUUAACAAAGAAGAAAGGAAAGGGGCAAGGUGGCGGCGGCCCCGGCCACAAGAACCACCACGGUGGCAGCGGCGGUAAGACUAAUCCGGCUCCCAUGCCAAGCCCGAGCCCAAGCCACAAUUCAAUAUACGACGUGCUUGAUUUUGGGGCUAAAGGGGAUGGGGUGACUGAUGACACUAAGGCAUUCGAAGAGGCUUGGACUGCGGCCUGCCAGGUCGAGGCAUCAACGGUGAAGAUUCCGUCAGAUUAUACAUUCCUUGUCGGCCCGAUCUCCUUCUCGGGUCCUUACUGCCAACCUAACAUCAUAUUCCAGCUGGAUGGAACAAUCGUUGCACCUACAAAUUCAAAAGUUUGGAGCCCUGGACUGCUCUGGUGGAUAGAAUUCACAAAGCUAAAGGGAAUCACAAUUCAAGGUCGUGGCACCAUAGAGGGCAGGGGCAGUGUCUGGUGGACCCAAUCAGAACCCGACAAUGAACCUAUAAAUGAGCAACUUGGCAUGAAGAUGCCCAGCAUCAAACCAACAGCAUUAAGGUUUUACGGUAGCUACAAUGUAACGGUGACGGGCAUAACCAUCCAAAACAGUCCUCAGUGUCACCUCAAGUUUGACAAUUGUGAGGCUGUCCAUGUGUUCAAUAUGUCUGUCACAUCCCCAGGCGACAGCCUCAACACCGAUGGAAUUCAUCUUCAGAACUCAAAAGAUGUUGCAAUCCACCACUGCAACCUGUCCUGCGGUGAUGAUUGCGUAUCAAUGCAGACAGGAUGCAAUGGUGUGAAAAUACAUGAUGUAAACUGUGGACCUGGCCAUGGGAUCAGCAUCGGAGGUCUUGGAAGAGACGACACCAAAGCAUGCGUAUCUAAUAUUACAGUGCAGGAUGUCAACAUGUAUGGAACCAUGACAGGCGUCAGGAUCAAAACCUGGCAGGGUGGUUCAGGUUCAGUACAAAGCAUAAGAUUCUCAAAUAUCAGAGUUUCAGAGGUGCAAACACCUAUAGUCAUCGAUCAGUUCUACUGUGACAGAAGUUCCUGCAAGAAUCAGACAACUGCAGUAGCAUUAUCAAGCAUUGCAUAUGAGAGCAUCAAGGGGACAUAUACUGUAAAGCCUGUGCACCUAGCCUGCAGUGAUAACACUCCCUGCUCCGACAUCAGCCUGACUGAAAUAGAGCUCCAACCCAUGCAAGAGCAUUAUCACAUGUACGAUCCAUUCUGCUGGCAGGCUUUUGGAGAAUUGUAUACACCAACUGUCCCUCCAAUUCCCUGCCUGCAGAACGGAAAGCCAACAAGCAACCGCAUCCUCUCCGAUCAUGAUGUCUGUUGAAGUGCAUGAGAAACAUGGUGUGUAUUAGGUGUGGCUGUGAAGCUCCCAACCCCCUUUACAUAAUGUCCCGGGGAAUACAGAUACAUUGUAUUUACAAUAAGGACAUCUAUGCCGAUUGGCAUGGUGGUACUUAAGAGGUUGAAUCAUUUGUAUGGUUCCAGUAUCUCUAAUGUGCUGCCCAGAAGGUUGCUUACUGGUGCUUAUUGGCAGCUCUGUGGAUGUCUUCAUGAUUAAAUAUUGGUGGGUUUUGUCAAUUUGUCAGUUGUACAAAGAAAUCAGUUUAGUAUCACUACUACCUUGUACCAUCAUAUAGAACUAUGUCCUUGCGCUUAUAGUACUAGCCUUGAAUAUAUUUGGAAUUGAGUAA